UUACCCUUUUUACUACUACUAGUAUAUCAUUUUUAGCUGUCCAUCUUUGUGUUCUCCGCCACUUUCCUCUCAGAUCCGUUCUUUCUUUUUCUUUUAGAUCUCAUCAUCAUCAAUGGCUGCUUCUUCCUUUGCCAUCUCUUCCCUUUCAUGCUCCUCCUUCAAGCCCAACCAGGCAUAUUUGAAGACCUCCUCCCUUUCUAUCAAGGGAAUAAGCUUCCCUUCCCUCAGAUUGAAGCCAGCUACUCGCCGCUUCAGCAUUAACUGUGCGGCUAAACCAGAGACAGUUGACAAAGUGUGUGAAAUUGUGAAGAAACAACUGGCUCUUCCCGGUGAUAAAGUAGUCAACGGAGAGUCAAAAUUUACAGCACUUGGUGCAGAUUCUCUUGACACGGUUGAGAUUGUCAUGGGACUUGAGGAGGCUUUUGGAAUCACUGUGGAAGAAGAGAAUGCACAAACUAUUGCAACAGUUCAAGAUGCUGCUGACUUGAUUGAGGAACUCGUCGCCAAGAAAUGAUGAGAGAAAGUUGAGAUGUAGAAGCUUGCCCCCAGCAAGUUAGGUCUAGUCGGAGGGAUCUCAUUUUGGUUGAAAGUUUUUAUAUCUAUUUUAGUCAUUUUAAAUGGGUUAUCUCUUUAUGGGGAGAGCCUCUAUUGCAGUCUUGUGUUCCAGUGAGCUUUGUCUUAGAUAAUAGGAUUUCUUUCAUCUGAGAGGAACUCUCAUUCAUGGCUUGUUUGUUUCAUUUUCUGUAAGACUGGUCAUAUUUCAACGGCAUCCUUGUAGUA